AAGUUCGGAAUGUCGCAGGGUUCUGUCGACUUUUUUUUUCUUCUUUCACGACUCUGCGUGCUAUUUGCCACAUUUUAUGACUUGAAACUCAACCAAAAGCUUGAGCAAUAUCUUUUUAAAUAUGUUUUUCUGAAAGUUAGAAUUGAUUUCAUGCUCUAAAGUUGAUUUAGAAAAUGGUAUCUUGAAAGUUUCACAUUAUGUUUGAAUAUUCGACUAAAAUGUGUAAGACAAGAAUGUGAACUCGAUCCAGUUCUCCGUCGAAUCGAAAAUUCGUCCAUUUCAUUCUGUUUUCAUGAAGUAUAGCGUACUGAUCUAGGACGAAGUUUGUCUUGUUUUUAAAAUUUAUAUUGUAUACAAUGUGUUUAUUUGUAGGUUUUACAGUUUUCUACACAAAUCUACACGAAGCUGCAGGUGGAUAAGGAGCCAUGCAAAGACACAAAGAACCGUUGGACUUUGUAGAAAGUCCACUUAAUGGCGCGAAGCAUAUAAUGUCACCCGUGUUUGCAGCCGAGAAACCUUGUCUUGUUGAAGAAAGUAUACCAGGACGAUUAUUGAAUGCCAAAUGGGUUUCGCCACAAUUUCCCAAAGAUAAUGAUUAUAGUUCAAGACAAGGUCGAAGGCAAAAAUCAUCAAGAACACGACUGGCUAGGGAAAAACAGCAGCAGAAAGAUAUCGUUCAUGUCAAAGGGGGUAAUCAAAAUGCAUUUCCGAGUUUGCAGUUUUCUGAUGGAAAAUCAACAAGAAACUCAAAAACAUUAAGACAGAAUGAAGAUCAUUCAUUGAGGUGUAGGACACGUCAGCCUCUUUGUGAUGCCACUUCAGAAUACAAAGUAUCAAACAAUAAUAAGUAUUUGUUUAGUUUGGGAACACCAAAGCCCAGAAGAAUUAUGGGACAGGUUCUUGUACCUGAAACACCAGAAGGUGAAAUGAUUGAACAUCGAAUGUUGAAGAGGCGGCGACGAUUUAUGAAAAAUAAUCAUUAAGAAAUGCUUAUUUUUAAAAAAUUUGUAAUCUGCUAGUGUAGUGUCAUGUUGUCAGUCUGUUCGAUAGAUGUUAAACAGCGCAAUGGAACUGUUUUCAAUUUGUGGGUUAUAUAUGAUUUUUUUGCAAAACAGAUUUCUUUGAUGCUUUUUUUUUGAAGCAAAUUCAGAUGAAAAAAAGUGUCUUGUUGCACAGAUUGUAUUUUUGAAACAUCACAGUAUUGCAAAUAGAAUACUGUAAAUUACCUAUUCUAGUGGUUCUUGGGAGAUUCGUUUAAUAGAUACAAGGUGUCUAAUGGAGAGAGACAUUUAUAUAUUUCUAUCUCUUCAUUGUAAGCAUAUAAAAAAAACUGUGAUGAAAUAAAUAGUUUUAGAGCCAAA